GUCGUGUAAGAAAAUAUGGUCAAAAAGUUGGGUUAUGCUUAAUUACUAGAAUUUAUUAAUGUAUUUAAUUUUAUUAUAAGUUUUUCUUAAAGUGGUGGUGGAUUAUAUGACUACAAGAAAGGAAGUGAAAGUUAAGGAUAAAUUAAAAUAGGUAAAUGGAUUGAAUCGAGUGAGGGAUUUAAUGAGUGUUAAGUUUAGUAAUUUGAAUUAUUAGCUGGAGUUAAGUUACAAAUAAAGGCUUUUAUAAAAAUGGUUAGAAAUUAGGAAGAUGGAAAUUUGGUUUAAGAAGAAUUAUGGAGAUGUGAAUACUUAGUUAAUUAAUGUAGUAAAUUUUCAGAUACUUUUAUAAAGUGGUUGCUGAUUAAAUGAUUUUGAGCAAUAAAACGAUGGCUUAGUUUCAACUAAAAUUGGAAAAUGGAUUAAAUUGAGG